AUCAGCCGCGCCUGAAGCUUUCUUCUUUGGAAUUUUUAGCUGCUGUGAGGGAGAUCUCAGGGAAGAAAGGAGAUAGUUUUUGAGAACUGGAAGUGAUUUUCAUAGCGAGAUCGUCUUGCCGCAAAACAGAGGAUGGAUGGUCGCGGUAGACGUAAUACUGAAGGCCGUGGUCGUGGUAGAGGUCGUGGCCGAAGAAGUGAGAAUUUUGUUGAGGAUUCUGUGGCAGAAAGUAACUCAAGCAAUGUUGGUAGUAGAUCUCGUAGGGAAGAUGAGACUAGGUCCACAGGUAGCUCUAGAUCUCGAAGGACUAGGUCCACAAGUAGCUCUCGAUAUCGUAGGACUAGGUCCACAGGUGGAUCUCAAUCUUUUCAUAUCGAAGAAAGAGAGGGUGGGCCUAAUGCCUUAACGUUAGAGAACCUUCAGACAAUGUUGAAUAUUGCGAUCACAGCAGCAUUAGAUCAGAGGCUUGGUCCACGUGGGGGUCCUGAAAAUGUGGCAACCCCGGGAAUGAAUGAACCUGCAGUGGUAGAGAGAAACGUGAAGUCUUGGGUUCAGUAUUACCAAGAUUUUCUAAAGAUGAAGCCCCCUACUUUCACAGGAAAAGGUGGUGCAACUGAAGCGCAUCAGUGGUGCACAAAAGUGGAUAGGAUACUAGAUCAGUUUGAUUGUUCUGGGACUUAUAAACAGAGGAUGGCUUCUUUCCUUUUGGAGGGAAAUGCAGCAACAUGGUGGGAGUCGAUGGGAAGGACAGUUGAUGCCAUGGAGGUUACUUGGACAAGAUUCAAAGAUUUGUUCCUUGAACACUUUUUUCCUUUUGCCUAGCGUCAAGCUAUGAUUAGGCAGUUUGAGGUACUAAAGCAGAAGGAAAAUCAAUUAGUGGUCGAAUACGAGUGCGAAUUUGAUCGUUUGUCGAUUUUUGCUGCUCAUCUUAUGCCUACCGAAGCAGACAAGAUCAACAGGUUUUUGGGUGGAUUGCAUAAUGGGAUUUCUCGACACAUUAUUGGGAACCCUAGUUUUAAUACUUAUGCCGUGGUUGUGAAUUGUGCUAGGGAACAUUGCUUGAAGAUCCAAGAGGCAAAGAAGAAGAGAGCUAGUAGAGUGGAUACCAAGGUCACUGAGAGGAAGGAUAAUAAGGCUGGGAAUGCCAAUGGACAAAAACGCUAUUUUCAUCAAGAUAAUCAGGGAUGAAAGAAGCCACGAACAGAUGAAGGGAACAGUGGUACUGGAGCUACGGUUCAUGCACCUCAACCCAUGAGAACCGAAGGUUAUGUAUUUAAGGGACCUUGUUAUCACUGCCAAACACCUGGACAUAAGGCUCGCGAUUGUCCAAAGAGGGGAAAAAUUCCUCCUGUUGAGUAUGCGCGACGGCAAGUACAAAACCAGCCUCAGGGACGAGGGCCUCAGCCUCGGAUGAAUGAUGUCUUGCCUCAGAAUGGCGAG